AUGCUGGACGACGCGCACGACAUUCGACAUCAGCACAAGAAACUUCGUAUUUUUAGUAGCCCUCUCGUUCAUAGGGCUGACAAACGAGGCGAUGGAGUGAGUCGUGCUCGCACUUGGGAAACAAACCUUGAUGGGAGCAUUGAAUCCGACGACGAACAACAUGGCCAUGAGGAGGAGCUUCCUAGGUUUGAACGGUACGAGGAGCCGACGUUGCUAGAGAUCUUUUAUGAUUUGUUCUUCGCCGCCAACUACAAUGUCUUUUCCGACACUCAACAAGUCACCGGACGCAGCAAGUUCAAAGCUUCGGUUGGAUACUUCUGCUUGCUAUGGUUGACUUGGUUUCAGGUCGCAAUGUUUGAUGUGCGCUACGUCACCGAUAGCAUCUUUUCUCGCAUAACUAGAGCCAUUCAACUCGGUGUCCUAGUGGGCUUCGUCGUCGUCGCCCCAAAGUUCCACCCGAAUAAUCAGGACCCGGGCACAAUGCGAGCCAUGUCACUCAUUCUCUGCGUCUCUCGGGCAUGCCUUGCCAUUGAAUACGCAUCGACCUUGUGGCAUGUACGAAGAUACAAAAAGGCGCGCAUGCCGCUUUAUAUGCAGAUUGCGAUUCAUGCAGCCGCGUCGGCGGUAUACCUGGGUGUUACUUUUCGGUUUACAGACGGCAAGCAGAGUCGUGUUUAUUUGACUUGGUAUUUUAUCGCUGGCGCUGAGGCCAUUGCAAGCGUCUUGAUCUCCAACGUAUCGUCUGUGGCUAGCCUUACAGACACGCAUAUGAUGAAGCGGAUGGCGCUUUUGACGGUCAUGAUAUUGGGUGAGGGCAUUCAACAGUUGGCGAAAGAAGUUGUGACGAUUGUUAAAAAUCCAGAUGUUUGGGAUUCUUUAACCGUUAGUCUGGUGACAGCGGCAGCUACGACGAUUUACCUCGUAUUCCUAGUCUACUUCGACUGGUUACGGUCCUCAUUUCAUCUUCCACGCAUCCGCCAACAGCUAUGGACGUGUCUCCAUCUACCAUUCCACCUGUCCCUCGUCCUGUUCAUGCAAGCAUUCACACAGUAUCUUCUCUGGUCCAAGAUCGUCAGCCAGAUCAAUCGAAUCGGCGACAUUUCCGACCCGACUGACGAUGCACGCAACCCCACGAGCAUAGACGUACGAAAUUCGUUGAACGCUUCUGUUCACAAGUUUUUCAACGACUACCCACCUAAAAUUUCGAGCACCAUGGAAACAGUCAACGAGGCAUUAAACAAUAUAACGAGAAUACCGGAUAAGAUUUGGCCCAUGAUUGCGAAUCCGUCGCCUGUGACGGAUGACAAGCUGUCGGCAGAAUUGGACGCUGCCUGGGAUACUCUCGGUAGCGUUGUUUACGCAUUAUAUCUUUCGAUGGCGAAUGCUCUAUAUGGCGCUUUUGGGAUUAAUCUGGACGAUGAUGUGUCUAAGAAGGAUCCUGCUGCGGCGAAGAACAUCAAAGACGGAGGAUACCAGCUGUUGGUACAGGACAAGACGUGGCGUCGAUACAAGUUGGUGUUUGCGUAUGGAUACAUCACCGCCGGCAGUACCAUCCUCCUCAUGAUCAUGCUAACCAUCAUUGCGCGCACAACACCGUUCAAAGUGUGGCCCAUCGUGCGGCUGAUCAUCAUCUUCCUCCUCGCCAUAGGCACAGGUCUAGUAGCCACGCUUUGGUACAACGCGGGCAGGCUAGAUACAUUCCUGUCAUCAGCAUGGGUAAUGCCAAUCAUCACGUUGGUAUGGGUCGUGAUCGCGAUCUUGACGCAUAUCAAUGGCCAGGGUAUCAAACGCAACAAGGAGCGCUUUAGGAGGCGUCAGACCGGGAAGAUGUCACAUCAUGAGCGUGGUGUGGCGUUGACGUCUCGUUUGAGAUGGAGGAAGAAGCAGCGAGGAGGCGAUGAUCGAAACUCGCAGACGUAUUUGUAG